AGGGAGUCCCCCUUGGGGGUAGCUGGGAGCUCCCAUGGCAAGCGCAUCGGGAUGUGCGUCCUUGCGGGCCCGGCUGUGCGAGCGCUUGCACGGAUCGGACCCCUAUGCCAGCCCCUGGACACUGGAGGAGGACCACUCGUAUCGCCACACCAAUGUGCCGCAGGUGUUCCUGAGUGCUUUGUUCCAACGUUUGCGGCCUGAGCUCUCGGUGGAGGUGGGCUCCUUUAAGGGCGGUAGCGCCUUGCGAAUUCUGUCGGCCUUGGACAGAACGUCCAAGCGAAGCUGCUUGGUCUGCAUCGACACUUUCCUCGGAGAUGCUAGCAUGUGGCUGAACCGGCGAGCCACCGGCCGCGGGAGUCUGCAGCUACACCGCGGCCACCCCCAAAUCUAUGAGCAGUUCAUGGCCAACACGCAGAGCUACGCCGACUACAUCGUUCCCUUCCCGGUGGCCUCUCUCAGUGGCUUGCGCGCGCUUCAGCUGCUGGCAGCGGAGGAGGGUUUUCCGCGGCCGGACUUCAUCUACCUGGACUCGGCGCACCUGAAAGGCGAGACUUUGCUGGAGAUCACGGAAGCCUUUCGUCUCCUGCGUCCGGGGGGGGUUUUGAUGGGGGACGACUUGGACUGGCCGGCGGUGGAGGAGGAUCUGAGGAUCUUCGCAGGAGGCUGCUCCGACCUCUCCGGUGAGAACUUGGGCGUGAGUGGAUCCUCUUUCUUCGCAGGCGGGUACUGGAUGGUGGAGGCAGAAGGCUGUGGCCCCCGACAGUGGCUGCUGCAGAAGGCCCAGGUGUCGGACGAAUCCCGACUCCUCGCGCAACUCCGUGCGGAGAUUUGCGCGCAGGAGAGCGGCGCUGCUCCGGCGGAGUACGUGGCAGCCAGUGCUGCGGACCAAGAAGCGCUGGCGUGGUAUCUGAAGGGUGCUCAGCUCUUGGAGAAGGGUGACAUGGCGGGACUGGGCUGGAUGAAGGCAGCCGCCCAGAAGUCCCCCUCCUUGGCGUACCACUUCCAGCUGUGAGGGAGAAAAACGCGGCGAGCAGAAAGAAG